CAUGGGCAUGCUGGAGAGGCUGCGGAAGGAAUGGUUCAUUUUGGGGAUCGUCCUGGUCAUCACGGUGGCCAAGCUGGAGCCGGCCUUUGGGGUGAAAGGGGGACCACUGAAGCCAGAAAUCUCCAUUACGUACAUAGCUGUUUCAACUAUCUUCUUUAACAGUGGGCUCUCGCUGAAAACUGAGGAGCUGACAAGUGCUUUGAUGCAUGUGAAAUUGCAUCUUUUUGUCCAGAUCUUCACACUUGUAUUCUUCCCAACAGCAAUAUGGCUAUUUCUUCAGUUGCUAUCUAUCACACCUAUAAAUGAAUGGCUUUUAAAAGGUUUGCAGACAGUAGGCUGCAUGCCACCUCCUGUGUCUUCAGCAGUGAUAUUAACCAAAGCAGUUGGUGGGAAUGAGGCUGCUGCUAUUUUUAACUCUGCGUUUGGAAGCUUUUUGGGUAUUGUUAUAACUCCUUUGCUCCUGCUGCUUUUUCUCGGGUCAUCAUCCUCUGUGCCUUUUACAUCUAUAUUCUCACAGCUGUUCAUGACUGUUGUAGUCCCACUUAUAAUUGGACAGAUUGUCCGAAGAUACAUCAAGGAAUGGCUUGAGAGGAAGAAGCCUCCAUUUGGUGCUAUCAGCAGCUGCGUGCUCCUGAUGAUCAUCUACACAACAUUCUGUGAUACUUUCUCCAAUCCAAAUAUUGACCUUGAUAAGUUUAGCCUGAUUAUCAUAGUUUUCAUAAUAUUUUCGAUUCAGUUGGGCUUCAUGCUGUUAACGUUCUUUUUUUCUACAAGGCAGAACUCUGGUUUCACUCCAGCAGACACAGUGGCUAUUAUUUUCUGCUCCACUCACAAAUCUCUAACCUUAGGAAUACCAAUGCUGAAGAUUGUCUUUGAGGGCUAUGAACACCUGUCUUUAAUUUCUGUCCCUUUACUUAUCUAUCAUCCGGCUCAGAUCCUCCUCGGUAGCGUCUUAGUACCAACGAUAAAAUCUUGGAUGAUUUCUAGACAAAAGGCACUGAAGUUGACAAAGCAGCCCAAGAUGCCAGUGAAGGUAUAACGAGAGAAGAAAUCCACUGAAUGUACAUAUGUACUAUACUGUACAUACACAGAGACAACUCGGAAAA